AUGGGGGAUACUAUUGUAUGCGGAAUUAAGACUUCACUUACUAAGGCAAUUAAUCUGGUACUGCCACUGGAAGGUGGUUUGCUGGUUGGAACACGUAUUUGCGGUGCAGUAACCAAGAUCGGAGCUCUCAACAAUUUGACGAAAUUUGAUUCGACAUUUUUCAAUGUACAUCCAAAACUGGCUGAAAGACUUGACCCACAAAUACGUACUAUGUUGGAGAGUACAUACGAAGCAUUUGUUGAUGCUGGUGUGAACCCGACAUCUUUGAGAGGAUCUAACACCGCAGUGGUAGUGGCGACAACRAACAACGAUUAUGCCGAUUGGUGGUCUGCCGAUCCCACCAGAGUAAACGGUUACGAGUUUUUGGGCUGUACCAGAACCAUGUUCCCGAAUCGUAUUUCAUACUCGUUCGAUUUGAAAGGGCCCAGCUAUGCUGUUGAUUCCGGAUCUUCAGGUAGUCUGGUGGCUUUUGAACACGCAUAUAGAAUGCUCAAGACCGGAGUGGUAGAUGGUGUAGUGGUCGCCGGGUGUUCAUUGCUGCUCAAUCCCGUGCUGUCUGUCAUGUUGCAAAAAAUGAACAGUGUGUCACCAGACGGUAAAAGCAGGCCUUUUGACGCAUCGGGCCAAGGGACCGCCCGCAGYGACGCCGUCGUAAUUGUGUACUUGCAGCGCGCCAAAAACGCCAAACGGGUGUAUGCCACCGCAGUGAACGCGCGCACCAACACCGAAGGUUUUCGUUUAGAAGGAGCCAUUUAUCCGACCAAUGUGCAACAAAUCGAACUUUUUCGAGAAGUCUUAGACAUCGCCAAAAUCAGUCCGGCCGAUGUCGACUACAUCGAGAGCAGCGCCUGCGGCGACCAGUUGGGUGACGCCCAGGAACUCAACGCCGUCACCGAAGUAUACUGCCAGGACCGCACCAAACCACUGUUGAUCGGAUCCGUUAAAUCAAACAUGGGGGACGGCGAACCAGCUUCCGGACUUUGCGGCGUUGUCAAAACCGUGUUGGCCAUGGAACGUCAGGAAAUCCCACCGACGCUCCAUUACAAUGUCCCAAACCCCCGAGUUCCGGCCUUGAAAGACGGUCGACUGCUUGUCGUUAGUGAAUCUUUGACGUGGAAUGGGCGGUAUGCAGCUGUGAACGCGGUGGGUAUUGGUGGACACAAUGCUCACGCCUUGCUGAAAGCCAAUGAGAAACAAAAGCAGCCACAGCCCGAGGAUCCCAUUCCUCGGCUGGUCAUCGGGUCUGCGAGAACCAAAAGCGCGAUUAAUUACAUGUUGGACAAGAUCGAAAGCAUGCCUAGAGAUCCUGAAUAUUACGGUCUAUUAUACGGCGUUCAGAGUCAAAAUAUUCCUGGUCACAUUUACAGGGGGUAUAGCAUUCUUGGCGAGAACAGCCGUGAAGCAGUAACCAUUGGAGUAGGCAAACGUCAAGUGUGGUACGUCUUCUCUGGAAUGGGAAGUCAAUGGACAGGUAUGGGCCGUGACCUGUUGGCUCUGCCGCCAUUCCGUGUAUCGAUCGAAAAGUCCGCCAACACGUUGAAAAAUCUCGGGUUGGAUCUCUACGCCAUUUUUAACUCAAAUGACAAGACGGUUUUCGAYAACGUAUUAAAUUCGUUCGUAGGAAUUGCUGCAAUACAGAUCGCGUUGGUAGAUGUGCUCACCACUGUCGGUAUCACGCCMGACGGAAUCGUGGGGCACUCGGUCGGAGAGUUGGCCUGCGCAUAUGCCGAUGGAACGUUGACAGCCGAACAGACCAUUAUUGUUGCCUACUGGAGAGGCCGCAGUCUCUUAGAUCUGAACUUGCCACCCGGUGCAAUGGCAGCAGUCGGUUUGUCUUGGGAGGAGGCCAAUGCUCGAGUUCCUUCCGACAUCGCCGUGGCUUGCCAUAACAGUGAAGACGGUGUCACGAUUUCCGGGCCACCAGACUCAAUCGCACAAUUUGUGGAACAAUUAAAAUCUGAAGGCGUGUUUGCAAGAGAAGUAAACAGUUCUGGAAUCGCAUUCCAUUCAUGGUACAUCGCUGCAGCGGGACCGGUAUUCAAGAAGAAAGUCGCUGGCAUCAUAUCAAACCCGAAAAUGAGGUCAUCUAAAUGGAUCAGUACGUCUAUUCCGGAAUCCAGGUGGCACGAACCGUUGGCGCAAUUUUCGUCAGUGGCAUACCACGUAAACAACCUGGUAUCUCCGGUUUUGUUCAAUAGUGCAUUAAAACACGUACCUGACAACUCUGUGGUCAUCGAAAUCGCACCACAUGCAUUACUCCAAGCAAUACUGAAACCAAGCGUUGGCUCCAAAUGUACGCACGUAGGUCUGGUGCGAAGAAAUCACUCGACGGUAGUGAAUUUGUUGUCUAGCAUUGGAAAUCUGUUCAACGCCGGUCUACAGCCAAAAAUAGAAAACCUCUACCCGCCAAUCAGCUAUCCCGUGUCUAGGGGCACACCAUCGCUGCAACCAUUAGUCGAAUGGGAUCAUUCUGACGAUUGGGAUGUGAUUACUUUUAUUGAAAACGAAGUCACGUCGUCUGGCGAAGUCAAACUAGAAGUGGACACUGAAAACGACACAUACAACCACCUAAGAGGCACCUACAUUGAUGGUGUCGAAUCCCUUCCAUACGCAUCAUACCUCACAUUCGUGUGGAACGCUCUAGCUAAAUUGCAGCUGUCAUCUGUUGACAAACUCCCAGUUGUUUUUGAUAAUGUUCAAUUCUUCAAAACAUUGCCUAUCCCAGAAAGUGGAAAAUUCAGUUUCAUCAUUAACAUUUUGGCUGGUAGUGGAGAAUUUGAAAUUCGUGAGAAUGAAUCCGUUGUAGCGUCAGGUUUCAUUCAUAUCCAAAAAUYCGACGAACAGAUUCAAUUGCCAGAGCUUAAAUCAUACGAAGUAGAUCAGUUAUCUACUGCUGAUGUUUAUCAAGAACUUAUAUGCAAAGGUUAUAAGUACAACAAAAGCUUCCAGAGCAUCAACUUGGCUAGUAACAAUGGUAAUUGUGGACGUAUCGCUUUUGAUGGGAAGUGGGCACCAUUUUUAGAAUCGUUGUUGCAACUUCACCUAUUAAAACUCGACACUAGAGAUCACUACGCCAUUAAAUACUUAUUCAAAUUGAGCAUUUAUCCAGAUAAACAACAAAAAUCUGUGGUUUCUAAUAGCGCGUCGUUUAGUGUUUAUGAAAACAUUGGCGUAAUUAAAUCCGCUGGAGUUGAAAUUAGAGACAUCAGGUCGACAUUGGUCCCCAUCCGAAAAGAAUUACAACAACAUUUUGAUUUGGAAUCGUAUAUAUUUUUGCCAUUCAUGUUGGACGAACCUGUUAGUGAACCACUCAAGAAUAUCGUACAAAUUGUAUUGGAAAACGCUUACGAACCUUUUGAUGUGUCAGAAGUAAUUACUUCAGUACAACAAGAAAUUUUAGUUCCGCAAAUUUUAAAUUUGGUCAACACAAAAUCUUCAUUCAAUAUCAACGCUAAUGUGUAUGCUAAAGACAUAAGCCAAUAUCAAUCCCAGAAAUUCAUUUCUUACUAUGAACAAGACUUGACAUCCAGUGCUUUGGAAAAACCAUCAUUCUUUGUUGUAACAAACGGUGCCAUUGGCAACAAACAACUACUGAACAAUAUACUAUCGGGUGUCGAAAACAGAGGUUUCUUGCUCACCGUAGAACGUCAAUUUGAUUCAAAAUUCAGACAAGUAGGAGUUGACGUAAUUGCUAAGUACUCAGACGGUCAAAAUGUAUACAUUUUGUUAAAAAAGAACAUCGAUGUGCCCACUCCAAUUACAGUAUCUGUUGGAAAUUCAUUCUCCUGGGUUGAAUCAUURAAACAGAAAAUUCAAAACGUUAACAAUGACAAUCGAGAUAUUUUUUUGAUCAGUCAAAACUUGGAAAACACUGGAGUGAUUGGAUUGACAAAGGGUUUGAGACAAGAACCAAAUGGAAAAUUUGUCAAAUGUGUGUCAAUUAAAGAUAACAAGGCGCCCUUGUUCUCCGUAUCAACUCUAGUAUAUCAAGAACAACUCAAGAAAGGAUUGGCCGUCAAUAUGUUUUUGGGCGGUGUUUGGGGUACGUGCAUGUUCGCCCCGUACAAACAAGCUAAAGUCCAGGUAGAACACGCUUACAUAAACACCACAAAAUCUGGCGAUGUCAACAGUUUACAAUACAUAGAAGGGAAACUAUCAACUUUCAACCCUAAAGAAUAUCCAGAUUAUGAUCUAUAUUACCCGUACUACGUUCCACUUAAUGGUUUGGAUGUUAAAAUGGUAAACGGCACCAUUCCGUGUAACGGAAUUUCUGGAGAUAUAGCGCAACAAGGUAGCUACCUUGGUAUGGAAUUUGCUGGACGCUGUGCUAACGGUAAAAGAAUAAUCGGUUUAGUACCCGGUGGAGCUUUGGCCACUUCAGUUCUAGCACAUAAAGAUCUCGUCUGGUCUGUGCCUGAUGAGUGGUCUCUGGAAGAAGCUUGUACUGUGCCGAGGACUUACAGCCUAGCUUACUAUGCGCUUGUGGUGCGGGGAAACGUCCAACCAGGUGAAUUCGUGUACGUGCACGCMGGCGCUAGUGGAAUAAGCAUUGCUGCCAUCGCUGUGAUUCUCGAAUUAGGAGCCACCCCGUAUGUAGGAGUAUUCAACAAGGAGCAAAUAGUGUUCUUGAAAACACGAUUCCCGCAACUGAACGAUGACAGUUUUGCUGAUCUGGCUAAUGGUGGAUUUGAGCAACAUCUACUGGAGCAGACCCAAGGCCAGGGGGUUGAUCUGAUAUUCGAUACGUAUUCCGCAAUCGACAAGCGCCAAGAGUUCGUUAACUCUUUGUCCGAGUACGGUCGCCUCGUGGACUUUGAAGUGUUCGCACCAGUGUCUGAUUCAUUAGGGGUGUCCGGAAACUUGAAGAGUAUAACGUAUAGCAAGAUCUCGUUUAGCACCAUUCACUUUUCACCAUCAGAAAUAAAAUAUAUACAAAGACUUGUUAGUCAAGGUAUCCGGAAUAAGAAAGUACAACCACUGGCAACCACUGUUUUCCCAGCAAGCCAGGUAGUCGAUGCGUUUAAGUACAAUGCUAGUUGUGCCGCCAACUUAGGAAGGACUGUAGUUGAAAUCCGCAAAGAGGAAGAUAAGGUGAACGCAGUUCCGGUCAAGAUAACCGUCGCUGCGUGCCCGAAAUUUUUCUAUUCCUCUGAAAAAACGUUCGUCAUUAGCGGAGAUGAAGAAAGUUUAAGCUUGGAAUUGAUUCAACAUCUAGCAAAUAGAGGUGCUCGCAAAUUUGUUUUAGUAUCGAAAAUGAACAACAAACCACAGUCCGGCUUUAAGACGUUGACAUUGAGACGGUUGAAGAGCAAAAACGUGACCGUAGUCCUGUCGUUUUCAGACCCAUCGACAGUGAGAGGUGCUGAAGACAUAUUAAGAGAAGCGGUAGCUCUUGGUACGGUGUCUGGUAUUUAUCACAUAACCACCGCUCCGGAAACCAAACACUUGCAAUCGCUGAGCGAAAACGAUUUUACAUCGACGAAAAAGGCCGUAUCUGAAGUAGUUGCCAAUCURGACACACUGAGCAGAAAGUUGAUUCCCAGUGUAGAAUCGUUCGUUGUGCUCGCUCCGGCUGUCGCGUCACGUGGAGCUAAAGCCAAGUCCAACUACGUUUUUGCGAAUGCGGACGUGUUCAGGAUCUCUGAAGUUCGCAAAAUUUCUAGCUACCCCGCAGUGGUCAUAGAAUACGGCGCAAUCGAUGGAUGUUCGGACACGUUCAACAGUCCAAAUUUCAAACCGUCGUCGAUUGUUUCGGCGCUAAGCAUCCUGGACGAAGUCAUCAAACAGCCACAGAACCCGACUGUCGUGUCGUACACGAAAUUCAGCGGUCCGAAUAAUGACGAUACAGAUGCAGCGACUCCACUGUUGUUGACAAUUGCCAAGAUUUUUGGCUACAAGGCUCUAUCCAAAAUCGAACAGACGUUCAAUCUCGCUCAGCUCGGCCUGGACACGUUUCUCGCUCCACGCGUCCAAGAAGCCAUACGGCAACAAACCAAUGUGGUCGUGGAAAUCGAAGAACUGAGAAAAAUGACAUUCCCGRAUCUYCGAGCAAAGAUCAUCGAUUUACUUGCUURAAAUACAGUGCAUUUAUCAUUACACYGUUGUUAGACUUCAUUGUUAUUAAUUGUAUUUUAUUUCAACGAGCACGUGUAAUGCUGUAAAMUUUWMAAUAAACCAAAUGCAAAAUAGUAAUAGAAA